AGGGCGGACUGCGGAGCGUCGGCGCGGGAUGUCGGAGCGGUCUGCGGCGCCGCGCUAUCUGCAGUGAUUGUGCCUGCUGACCGGCCGGCCGGCCCGGGUCCAAGAUGUCUGCGCGGCUGCCGGGACGCCAACACGGAUCAUCACCAUCAUGGAGAUCGACCUUGCUCUGGAUGAGGCAGUGGACUGGUUCGCGGAACACGGGCCCAGAGGUCGGUCUGAAGACCGCCAGCACCCGGACCCGGACCAGCUGCCAAAGCUCCAUCUACUAUUGGGUGAUUCCAUAGCAAAGGCCUCGAGACUCACCCCUCGCGACCCCGGAGAUCGGAUCCUCAACCGAGCACGCGGAGGCGAGACGUGGCGGUCUCUGAGCCGCUAUAUGGAGGAGGACGUGCGGGUAUGGCAAGACACCAUGGAGGCGGAGGAGCGGGCGCCGGGACACAUCAUCAUCUGGUGCUCCGGCAACGAUGUAUACCACCGGCAAAGCCCUCUGGUGAUCACCAGCCACCUGCUCGACCGGGUGGCUGCACUCGCGACGUCAGUGGUUGGCAGACUGGAGCCGCAUGCCGAGAAGGUGUACGUCCUCGGACCACUACCUCGACUGCUGGGCGCGGACCGCGGAGCAAAGUGGGAGCGGACUGCUGCGUUUCACCUGGAAAGAAGGCUGAUAAACACCCGACUUGGCGACUCCUGUGAGAUGAUCCGUCUGAGACGUUCCCUCACUAAGAAGAUGACGAAGAACACGCGCACGGUAGCGGAUGCGGGCUACCACCGCACCGACGGGGUGCACCUGUCGCCAGCCGGGUAUGAGAGGAUCGGAGCAUGUGGAGCAUUCCCCGGGUGGCUGCGCAUCUAAGCUGUGAUUGUGUUAUUGUUAAAAAAGUGCCCCAUGGGCACUUUUUGGUGGGGAGAAAUGUUAAAUUUAUGUGUUUCCUCCUUUAUUUUACCUUACCUCUGAACCUUGACUGCACCCCCUCUCCACCUCUGCCUCCCCACCGCGCUGUCCGCCGGCCGCUCGCCGUGCGCCGCCGGGCGGCGCGCGUAGCUGUGCCCCCACCGGCCGGCGCUCGUUGGCUCCGCCGCGCGGCGGCGGCGGUCGGCCGCGGGUGCACCGAGCGGUGAACCGCGGGUGACCGGCGCCCGGGGCGCCGGCCCGAGCCGACCGUAGCCGCGGCGUCAGAGGGGAGGGCAGUGCGCGUCAAGCACAGGUCAGGUACGGUUCGGGCUGAAGCCUCCCGUGUCCCUUCUGCUGGCGCCGCUCGGCGAGCUUGGGGUGGAAACCCACUCGUCCCCCUCCACCUCACCCUACCCUGGCCGUCCUUUAUCAAACUAUCCCUAUCGCUUCCUAACCUGCUAUUCCUUGUUUACCCACGCUAACCUGCCUUUUUUCUCGAGACCAUCCCUACCUAUUAUCACCUGGAUUUAACGUUAAGAGAGGGGUUUCUGGAUACCGUUUGUAUGUAAUAAG